AUGAAGGAAGUAAAGAGGGAAGAAGAGGAAAGAAUAAUAGUCAGAUAUAGAAGAAGGACAAGGAACCCACACGCCAACCACGUUGUACUGCAGGUCCCGCCAAAAAUGUGGCAAAACAUUACGGAGGCGGGCAAAGUGCAUAUCGACCUGCAGAGAGUGGUGGCGAUGGACCAAACACCCCUAGUGCAGUGCUCGAGAUGCCUGGGUUACGGCCACGGACGAAGGCUCUGCAAAGAGGAGCAGGACACCUGCUCACAUUGUGGAGGACCCCACAAAAAGGAGGCCUGCCCUGACCACCAAAACGGGAUAAAACCGUCUUGUAUAAACUGUGGCAGGGCCGGCAUCGAAAGGGCCAACCACAAUGCCUUCGAACAGGAAUGCCCCGUAAGGAAGAAGUGGGACAGGCUAGCAAGGGCAGCGGUGGCUUAUUGCUAA